GUUACGCCAGCAAGGAUGCUGAUUAGGAGUUUUCCCUCAAGCGCCUCAGUCAUGCCAGGCACGCCGAGCACGUCCUGAAGCAUGUAUGGUUUGCAGCCGAGGAUGACGACCUCAGCGUCAUUGACGGCCUUGAUGUUCUCGUUUUGCAGCACGGUCAAUGGCAUUGAGUAGCUUUCGAGGGCUUUGCGAACGCGUUUUGCGGAUUCCGGCCGACGCACGCAGGCGAUGAAGUUAUUUGGGAUCUUCUGCUCCGGGACCAGUUCUGAUGGUGUGGUGGUUCCGGACUCUGAGGGGUAUGCGGAGUGGCUCCUUGCCUCAGAGAGGGAGGCAAGUAUGCCCGAUAAGAUGGCUAUUCCCAUAGUCCCUGGAGGAAUUGAUAGAUCUUUGUUAGUGAUGUAUGCUUCUCCAGCAAAUUGUGCGGGGCUCCCUCGUACCGCAGCCGAGGACUGUUAGAGUCACGUCGGACUUCUUCUGGGUCAUGUUGACGGCAUCGAUAUUCCUCUGAGCAACAGCCAUGGUGGGCAGUAUGCAACGGUUAGUUACGAUUGAAUUGGAAAGGAUAUUUCACAACGAAGAAAUAAAUAAACCUUAUAGAGGUUGUAUGUCGCAAUAGUGGGGGAUGGAGGAGGUCGGGCUAAGUCGUAAAUACAGCGGAUCCUCCUCCUCCUUAGGGCCAUAGCCGAGUUCGGAAAGUUUUGGUGGAGCUGGAGCUUUUUUUUUUCUGCCGCUUCAAGGAGCAAAAAUAUUAUAUUUAUUAAAUCAAUACGGAAGUUUACACCGCCUUAGAGCUACAUACUGCAUAGAAUAGAUCAAUCUUCCAUGAACCACGUCUAAUAGACCAGACCAUGGCCGUUUAAUUUUUUAUUGCAUUAUGAGACUCUUAUUACUACUCUAUAAUUCCUAUCAUCGCCCGCAUCCAAUAUGGCUGACCCCUUCGAGGUGCGCAUGCGCUUCACGACACAGCUCCAGCAUCUAAGCGCCUCCGUCACAUCCUCACAGAAAGCGGCUCACUAUGCUCUCAAAUACCGGGAUAUGGAUGAGGACCUCCACUCCUGCAUCCUAGAACAGCUAGAAAUGAAUAGUAUGAACAAUCGCGCCAACAUCAUGUACUUCAUCGAACACCUCUGCGACAUGGCCACGAAGGAAAACCAUCUUGAAUUCGUCCACAUGAUGCAGCGAGAUAUCCUCCGAGUUGUUGACGCCGUCGCGCCUCCCGACGGCUCCGGCGCGGCAAACGUCAAACAUGUUCGCCGCGUGCUCAACGGAUUGCAGGCAAAAUCAUUCCUCUCCGCAGACACUGUCCGUGAAAUCGAUGCAUUUCUAAAAGAAAGAGAAACUCACCCGGCACAUCUUCUUGAUCUUGAGCUUAUAGAGCCCGGCCAGACGGCAUCUGAAGGGGCUGAUUCAGGAAAGGGCCCAGGCUCUGCGAUGAGGCCGAGCGGCAUGAAGGUGGACAAGCGACAGAUCGAGCAGCGCAUUGAGGAGGAUAGAGAGCGGAACAAAAGGCUACGCGAGUCCAUGUGGGCUGUUCCGGGGAACGAUGCAGACGAGCUUGACAAAAUGUGGGAUGAAGUUAGUGAUCUUGGGGAAGACGAUUACUUGGCAGCUGAGGAGGAGGCGAUGGAGAGGAAACGGAUUGCAGAGGAGUAUUACGAUGCUUGAUUCUAUAUUCUUUUUGAUGGGUUGAGUUAUUGGGAUUUAAUUACGGCAUGGCGUUCUGGUUAGGGCUCUGGGCGUUGCUUUUUUAUGCUUGAUUGUCAUUAUCAAACGACACAUGCAGGGUAUUUAUUUGGAGGGGCACAUACAGAAUAGAGCUCGCUCCGGUUGACACUACGAUCACUAUUUAUUACCCGUAUGUCACAUCAAAGCUUGCUUAGCUAUGAACCUAGUGUCUUCUCGCUAUUAUCCAUAGGAGAUUUACUUCGAUAAAUACCAAAUUUACUACUAUGAUUACUCGAUGUCCACGGCCACCGCAAUACGCAGUAAAUAGACCUGAGAAGAGAUUAGGGCUAAACGCCCGGAGCAACAUAAUUCCGGCAUACAGAUUUCUGUCUAGGAAAGGAAA